CUUUGAAGGCGGAGUUGAGUCUAUUAAAGUCCACAUUGAAACCGCGGAGGAGUCAGUAGUGGCUCUCGCUUUCACUGGAAUAAAGAGAGGUGUCUUUAUAUUUUCUUAACAGUACGAGCCUGAGUGUUUGGUUUGGACUUCAGUGAAAACCGGACUGUUUUCACCUGCGGUAACAGACGAACUAACCUCUGGAAGUGAUAGGUGCUGUAGAUAUCCAAAAAUGAAGCACCUGUCAUUAUUGUGCCUGUAUGUUCUGGUGAGCUUGUAUAGCCAUCAGGGUGUGUUGUCCCAGACUCCCUCCUAUGGUGAGCGGGGAUCAGAUCUUGGCAUACAGGUGUUUCAGCAAGUAGCCCGCUCCAAGCCUCUGGAAAAUGUGGUUUUUUCACCCCAUGGAGUGGCUUCCAUCCUUGGCAUGCUGCUACCAGGAGCCAAUGGGGAAACCAGAAAACAGCUCCUCAAUGCACUCCGUUACAAGAAAAAUGGUCCUUAUAAGAUGCUGAGGAAGCUGCACAAGAGCUUGACGGCAAAGUCCAACCAAGAUAUAGUUUUAAUCGCCAAUGCCUUGUUCAGCCAGAAGGGUUUCCCCAUGGAGGACACAUUUGUAUCCACCAACAAAGCCAACUUCCAAUGUGAGAGCAGGAACCUGGACUUUGCCAACAACCAGGCGGCAGCAGAAGAAAUCAAUGCAUGGGUCAACAAUAAGACCAAAGGUCACAUCCCCAGCCUGAUCAAAGCAGACAUGCUGGACCCGGCUCUGACCCGUCUGGUCGUUGUCAAUUCAAUCUACUUCAAAGGCUUAUGGAAGUCCCGCUUCCAGCCCGAGAACACCAAGAUGAGGCCCUUCAACGGCGGCAACGGGAAUGUAUAUAAAGUCCCGAUGAUGUCUCAGCUAUCCGUCUUCAACAUCGGCUUGGCCACCACGCCUAAUGGACUGAAAUAUAAGGUCAUCGAGCUGCCCUAUCACGGCAACACGAUCAGCAUGCUGAUUGUCCUGCCCAGCGAAGAGGACACACCUCUGUCCAGUGUGAUCCCACACAUCAGCACAGCCACGGUGCAGAGCUGGUCCAAAGUGAUGCACAUGAGGAAAGUCCGCCUGCUUAUUCCCAAGUUUUCUGCUGAUGCAGAGGUAGAUUUGGAAACUCCUCUCACAGCCCUGGGAAUAACGGACAUGUUCAACGAGGCCAAAGCUGACUUCAGAGACCUGAGUGCCCACCAAGUCUAUGUAUCCAGAGCACUCCAGAAAGCCAAAAUAGUGGUGAAUGAAGAUGGAACAAAAGCAGCAGCUGCCACUACUGCCAUUUUGCUGGCUCGGUCCUCUCCACCUUGGGUUUCAGUGGACAGACCUUUCCUCUUCCUCAUCCGACAUAACCAAACAGGUACCAUUCUCUUUAUGGGCCAGAUCAACCAGCCUUGAGUCCAGCCAUCACUGGCCAGCCCCUGGUAGCGUCAUAGGCCAGCACAGGAAAUGCUUAUACACUGCCAUGCAUGAACACACACACACACACACACACACACACACACACACACACACACACACAGACACACACACACACACACACACACAGACACAGACUC